CUCACGGCUGGGAGAGGCAGCUGCUCUCUCAGCCCGGCUGCUGGCAGAGACGGUCCCUGGAUGCGGCUGAAGGCAGUUGGACCCGGAGAUGGUAGCGGGCAGGUCCCAGUGAACCAGCCCCGCUUCUUGGUCUGGUGCUUUCGGCUUCAAGCGGCUGGAGGGACCCGCUGGGCUUGGGGAGGAUGGGAUGCUGCACCGGGCGCUGUACCUUGAUUUUCCUCUGCACUUUACAGCUGCUUGCUGCAUUAGAGAGACAAGUGUUCGAUUUCCUGGGCUAUCAAUGGGCUCCUAUUCUAGCCAAUUUCCUCCACAUCAUCAUCGUUAUCCUUGGCCUCUUCGGUACUAUUCAGUAUAGGCCACGCUACAUAGUGGUGUAUGCCAUCUGGACUGCCAUUUGGGUCACCUGGAACAUCUUCAUCAUCUGCUUUUACUUGGAGGUGGGAGGACUUUCAAAGGACAGUGAACUUUUGACCUUUAAUAUCUCCCAGCAUCAGUCAUGGUGGAGUGAAAAUGGCCCUGGCUGCGUAAGGAAGGAGGCUUCCAUGGCUGGCAUAAAGGGAUUGGACAGCCAUUCUUACAUCUCUGUGAUUGGCUGUGCUCUAGAGUAUCGGUACAUUGAAGUCAUGCACAGCUCGGUCCAGAUUCUGGUAGCGCUGGUGGGCUUUGUCUAUGCCUGUUACGUUGUCAGUGUUUUUACAGAAGAAGAAGACAGCUUUGAUUUCAUUGGUGGAUUUGAUCCAUUUCCUCUCUACCAUGUCAAUGAAAAACCCACCAACCUUUUGUGCAAGCAGACGUACCUGCCUGCGUAAGUGAGGAAGAUCUACAAGCUUGAUAAACCUUUUGCACCCAGCAAUCAAAGGCGCUGCAAGAAAUGAAGCCAUCCUUGGUCUGGAUCUGUAGCAGAGGAAACGCUAGGAUAAUGAAAUCCAUUCCACUUCAGUUUUUUUACACAAUGAAUGUACAUUGAUGAAUGGCCUCUAGGUUUGUUUUCAGUUUGUGAGUGUCCUGAUGAACCGUUAGUCCAUGGCCUGGCCUUGCUGACCCAUGGAGGGGACAGGCUUGGCUGAGAUGAUCAAGUCCAACAGGAACCCUUCAGGAUCCUUUGAGCAUCAGAGUUGAACAGCUGGGAACUUCUUCCUUCCGCCAUGGAUCUAUAAAGAAUAAAGUCCUGCCAAUCCCAGUGGUUCUGGCUUCAA